AUGGAACCCGAGUUGAUCGCAGACUACCUCAACCAUGUAGGUGAAGGUCCGCUCUGGCACGUUAGCGAGAAGCGACUCUACUGGGUCGAUAUCCCUCAAGGUCGCAUAUUCUGGUUCGAUCCCGAAUCCGGCGAACACGAGCAGUUCUUCCAGGGUAGAGUCAUAGGUGGUUUUACUAUCCAGGUUGACGGCUCCCUGUUGCUGUUCAUGGACAGGGGUUCCAUCGCCCUCCUGCGAGAUGGCGAGCUUAGCUACGUCGUCGAGGAAAUACCUGAAGAGCGCGACACACGCUUCAAUGACGUAAUCGCCGACUCCCGCGGCAGCGUCUUCUGCGGCACCAUGCCAACCGAUACCCGACCCGCGAAGCUGUACCGACUCGAUCCAGACGGCAGUCUGACAGUCGUGCUCGACAACAUCGGGCUAUCAAACGGGCUGGGCUUCACUCUCGACCGCAAGCAGAUGUACUACACCGACUCGUUCGCUCGGAAGAUAUACAUUUUCGAUUACGAUGAGAGCACGAGCGAGAUUUCCAACCAGCGCGUAUUCGUAGAAACACCUGAAGGCCAAGGUAUACCGGAUGGCAUGACCGUCGACGCCGAUGGCUAUGUCUGGUCUGCUCGUGCGGACGGGUCGGCUUUGUUUAGGUACACAACCGAUGGCGUCGAGGAGCGCUCCAUUCCCUUCCCUGCGAAGAAGGUCUCCAGCGUUACUUUCGGGGGACCAGAUAUGGACGAGAUCUACGUAACAACCAUCGGGGGAGACAACAAAGCUGACGAGGGACCUGGAGCGGGAGCUCUUUUCAGGUUGAAGCUCGGCAUCAAAGGUGUGCCGGACUUCCACUCCCGAAUCGGAGUCUGA